AUGUCCCACGAAGAGCAGAAUCCGCCAGACCUAUCGGACCCCGUGAGAGAAUCGGAAGAGCGAAGGAUGGGGGCCUCCACGAGCACUGCGGCUGUUGACCAAGAUGAUGGAACUCCCGCCAUCACUACAGCCCCUGCCCUGAUCCCCUCCUCGAAUGCCCUCAGCCAGCAGGCUCUCACCACAGCCGCCAGCCUGACGCCAAACCCCCCUGCUCAAGGAACUCCCUUCCCCGGCCUACAACAGACGCCCCCGCCCCCCCAGGAUCACCAGCAAAGAUCCAGGACCCCAACCGCCGCUUUCACGAAUCCCACCAAAGCCAGGGCUCUUGCGAGCAAGCUAGUACUUGACAGUUGGAAGAGCCUCCAGCUGGUGCGGGUGACUCAAGGCAGCCAAGUACACCUGGCCGUGGAAAGUCUCUCUGGAGGCUGUGUUGCCCUCACCAACUCGGCUUUGACGACGCCGUCUGUUGGAGGUUCUCGCAUGGAGCCGGCGGUUGCAUAUUCAGUGCGCGCAAGAGCAUGUUUUCUGGCGAAUGGAGGAGAGGUCUUCAAAGCACCCCCAGCCGGGUCUACCGCGGCCUUCGAUCCCGAGGACAGAUGGAAAAGCCUUAGGGCAGCUGUUACGCCUACCGUGGAUGCCAACAAGCACUAUGUAGGCGCCGCCUAUGUGGGAUACAACUCCCUGAUGCAUGGGCCUGUUUUUGCCCGGCUGUUCAAGGAUGCCGAGUCCCCGGCAAGGCCUAAGCCGCCAGCUCCCAAAGCGCCAGCUCCCAAGGCGGCUACUCCCAAGGUGCCUGCUGCUGCAAAGGGAAGGGGCAAGAGGCCUUAUAAUCAAACGGAGGAGGACAAUGAGCCUCGGGUUAAGAGGAAGACGGCCAGCUCUGAGGAACACCGCACGACCUUUGCUCUGAAGGGGUUGGAGACAUACAAGUACCCCCUGAACCAGCUCUGCGGACAGCGGGUUAUCCCCCACUAUCUCCUGACCUCCCGGUGCAACCUGCUGUUCCUCAAGCAGGUACUGUGUGGGAGGCCCCUGGAAGACUUGCUCCAACCCGUUCCUGCGAAUUGGGCGGUGGGGAUCGCUACCCACACAGCCGAAAGUAUAGCAAAAGGGGCUGCCCUGACGCCUAUGACAAAGAGGCCCCUUGGCUCGUGGGACGGUUUAGACCAGCAUAUGGUCGGCCAAUUGGAGAAGCCUGGAGAACUGGCAGGACCAGACAACCUGCCUGUGGCAGACCUGGUUUCCGACGCCACGUUGCUAUUUCGUGGAGGAAGAGCGCCAUCAGGCUUUAUCUACGCCGCGCCUCUAUGCCUUUUAAUGGCAUAUCCCCCUGAACUUCUCACCCUGCUGCAGGGAUUUGCAAGAUCCCUGAAGAACGAUCUGCUUCCCAUACCCCACUUGUAUCUGGCGGCCCAUCUAUGGGUAGACAUAUGCCAGGAUAUUACAAGGCAGAACGAGAAGUAUACCAUGGACUCUGCCGUCAAAGAGCCAAAGCCUAAGAAGGCAUCAGAGGAGGCCGACUCCAGGGCGGCAUCAGGGAAAGCCAAGGGCAAAAACUUGAAGGUAGCACCAGAGGAGCCAAAAGUCAACAAGGACGAUGUGCCUAUGGUCACCUUGGCGGAAUUCUUGGUUUAUUAUAACCACUGGCUGCGGUGGGCGGCUCUGUGGAUGGGCCUGGCGGAGUUUCCCCAUCCGUUCCGAUUCGUGCGUGAGGCCGUGGAUCAGGAUAAACGAAUCCUAAAAAUGCAGGACCUCCCUUCUUUGGACCAGGACCGUGUCAGGGAGCUUAUUGAGAAGACUCGUUUAAGGCCUGAACUAGCUGGGAAGGUCCCGGGGCUAAGUCACCAUACCCGCGUCAACAUCUUUCCUGAGAAUAUCCCUGGAGUUGACAGAGUGCGCAUGCACCAUUUGAUAGGGGGCGAGGAGUCUACCAAGACGGCUAUUGCGCUGACGGGCCUGGAGGACAUCUCCCUCAUUGGCCUCGAGUCAUAUGAGCAGCCUAUCCCUGACAAUACCAUGACACUUGCUUCUGGUGCCUGUCAAUACCGAACGGCCAAAUGGCCUUCGCACAGGCAUCAUAUGCUUUAUUCCAUACCUGGGAAGAAGGUGGGGGAAGCAGAGACGAAGUUCGUGCAAUUCGCCUGGAGGAGGAACGACCCCACGAGAGACCCCGUUAUCCCACGAAGAGAGGAGCUUGUGGUAAAGGAGCCAAGCCCAAAGCGCCACGACGACCGCCUGAAGCCAGAGGGAGAAUGGCAGCCUGAAAAAGUUCGACAGUAUCUCGAGGAAAGCCGCGAGCAUUACGCCCAAGUCAUCCCGAAGUAUCUGAAACCUGUGUGGCCCUACGAGCUCAUCCUGGACGAGUAUCAUAGAUUGGCACCCUUGGGUGUCGACCUGCCUCCCCCCCCUGAACUAGACGGACCACUCCCGCUGUCAUGGAAAGCAACCGCCCCGCCAACGGUCAGAUUCGCGGAGGAAGCAAAAGAAGAAGUAACAGGGCCCGAGGGCCUUCAGGACGAAGCCGCCUACAACCACCUCAUGACUGGUUGGGCUGGCCUCCCUGAAGAUUGCCACUUCGUAUGGAUUGAUGGGCUCGAGAAGCUAAGGGGCCUAGAACCCCAGCAAAGGAAGACGAAGACGCUGCUGGACCUGGUGCGGGAUUGCUUGUUGAUGGAGAAGGCCGAUAAAGGCUUCGUGGAGGACGUGGUCCAGCGCGUGGAGAAGGGAGAGAAGCUGGAAGAAGAGGUGCUGUUUUCGAAACUCCCCUCUGCCUUUGGGAGAAUCCUGGGUGUAGGCCCUAUGGAUGGCGUGCCUGCCCAACAAAACCCGUGGGGGAAUCAUUAUGCAAUGCAAACGAAACCCCGUCAGGAGGACGCGACUUUCUCCGUGGAGUUUCUGCUGGAGUUGAUCCAAAAGGUGCAGGGUGUGGAGGGAUCCCGCAGGCCCAAGUGGGUUGCUCAGAUCAUUGAAUCGGUCAAGAAAACCGUGGGCUUGAUAGACGAACUUCAGCUUGGCAACGAAGCCUGGCUGCAGGAUUGGAAGGCCCUGGUUAUCCCAGCAGAGGUCUCAGCCGACGUGGAGACGACGACUGUCCAAGAGGGAGAGGGCCCGUCAGUGUAA